AUGUAUUUCUCUGUUUUUGACAGAAACCUUGGGAAGUCGGGCCUGCGGGUAUCCUGCCUUGGAUUAGGAACAUGGGUGACAUUCGGUGGGCAGAUAACGGAUGAGAUGGCAGAGCAGCUGAUGACUCUGGCCUAUGAAAAUGGCAUCAAUCUGUUUGACACGGCGGAGGUCUACGCUGCUGGGAAGGCAGAGGUGGUGCUCGGAAACAUCAUCAAGAAGAAAGGAUGGAGACGUUCAAGUCUGGUGAUAACAACGAAGAUCUUCUGGGGUGGGAAAGCGGAGACUGAAAGGGGUUUAUCCCGAAAACAUAUUAUAGAAGGUUUAAAAGCCUCCCUAGAAAGACUGCAACUAGACUACGUUGAUGUGGUUUUUGCAAACAGACCGGACCCUAACACACCCAUGGAAGGAGUGAUGCUCCAUUGGCUCAAGCUUUAUCACAAUACUUCAUUGUGUCGCUGGAAGAAGCAGCCCACGGUGUUUGAAGAGAAAGUCGAGCAUUUUUGCAUGUGUGUAUUUACAGAAACUGUUCGAGCAAUGACCCAUGUGAUAAAUCAAGGCAUGGCCAUGUACUGGGGAACCUCCCGCUGGAGCCCGAUGGAAAUAAUGGAAGCGUACUCGGUCGCACGACAGUUCAACCAGAUUCCUCCCAUCUGUGAGCAGGCUGAGUACCACAUGUUUCAGAGGGAGAAAGUGGAGGUGCAGCUGCCCGAGCUCUUCCAUAAGAUAGGUGUCGGGGCCAUGACGUGGUCUCCACUGGCCUGUGGAAUCAUCUCAGGGAAAUACGACGGCAGGGUGCCUCCCUACUCUCGGGCAUCUCUGAAGGGCUACCAGUGGUUGAAGGACAAGAUCUUGAGCGAGGAGGGCCGGCGUCAGCAGGCGAAGUUGAAAGAGCUGCAGGCAAUCGCGGAGCGGCUGGGCUGCACUCUGCCCCAACUUGCCAUCGCGUGGUGCCUUCGGAACGAGGGGGUGAGCUCUGUCCUUUUAGGGGCAUCCAACACCGACCAGCUGAUGGAGAACAUAGGAGCAAUUCAGGUUCUUCCAAAGUUGUCAUCAUCAAUCACACAUGAAGUGGACAGCAUCCUGGGGAACAAGCCGUACAGUAAAAAAGACUACCGCUCCUAA